AUGAAUAUUGAAGCCUCCAAUGAGAGUGGCAGUGGGGACCUGGAUGAUGACUAUUAUUAUAAUUUACCUGACUGUGGAAAGUAUGUGUGUUCCUUCUUUACUCUCACCACACUGAUCCCUCUGACUGUCAUCUUUCUCAUAGUGAUGGUCAUUGGAAUUAUAGGGAACACCAUCACCAUUCUUAUAGUGAGAAGAUAUAAGGAGAUGAAGACCACCACGAACUUCUACUUGUCCAGCAUGGCAGUGUCUGACAUGAUUAUCUUGCUGUGCUUGCCCUUUGAUUUGUAUCGUCUUUGGAAGUCUAGACCUUGGAUUCUGGGUGGGUUCCUCUGCAAGUUCCUGCACUAUGCUAGCGAAGGUUGUACUUACUCCACUAUCCUGCACAUCACAGCGCUGAGCAUCGAGAGGUAUCUGGCCAUCUGCUUCCCACUCAAAGCCAAGGUCUUUGUCACCAAGAGGAGGGUGAAGGUGGUCAUCGGAGCCCUCUGGGUUUUUGCCAUGCUCUCAGCGGGUCCUUUCUACUUUUUGAUGGAUGAGAUUCGUGCAAAUCUAACCAAUAGUUCUGAGGACAGUAUAGAGUGUAGAUACACCCCGCAUGCCAUGAAGUCUGGACUCCUGGACAUCAUGAUGUGGGUCACCACCGUCUUCUUCUUCUUCCCCAUGUUCUGCCUUACUAUACUCUAUGGAUUCAUCGGGAAGAAGUUAUGGAAGAGCAAAGAUGAACUCAGAGGACCAAAUGCAGCUCACAGAGAGAAAUGCCACAGGCAGACUGUCCGAAUUCUAGGUAAGUGGGGCAUAUUAUCAUGUCAGUCACAACAAGCACACUUCAAUGUGCCCAUUUCAGUGUUUAAAUAGCCUGUCUGUGACCUGAUAACUCUAAAGAGGAAAUGAGAACAUUCAUAGUUUAAUAAAUUGUUACUUGAAUUUUUGUUAGCCACCUUGUUUGCUUUUAUAUACAAUUUGCAUGUUUAAUUUUGUUUCUCUGCUGUCUGCUAUAUAUAUUGAUAUUUGCCCUUUCAGUAUGGCAUCUUUAAGGACGCAGCUUCAGAACUUUAAAGGGAAUUGUGACGGAUAUGUUCCGUCAUGUGUCAUUAAGGGGUUAAAGGCAGUUUUAGCUCUGUGCUCAAAAACCCAUCACUCUUUUACUCCCAUUUACUUUAUAGUAUUUAGGUGAAUAUGUGCAAUCAUCAGUUAAUGUAUGUUUUCGUUUUACUUCACUGUAACAAUUGCAGUAAUCUGGGAGAGUAGAUGGACAGCCAAACAAAAAUGUUUGUUAAAAUUGUAUAUAACUGUUAAUUAAACCCUUUCACCCAAAUAGCUGUAGAAAAUGCAUAGAACAGGAAUGUUAACAGCAUCCAAUGAUCACACAAAUUAUUAGGCUAUUUCAGGAAACACAGUGAAGCAUGUCAAACAUUAUUGGCUAUUGUUACAAUGCUUCUAAUACAUGUUGGCAUAUAUUACUUUUAUAAGAAGACAGUCUGUAUGUUUCUGUUAGUUCGGGAAUUUGUUUUUUAAACAAAAAGUAUUUUUUCCUUACACAUUAAUUUAGCUAAAUUCACCACAAAUGUUUAGUCAAUAACACUGAGUUAUAAUGAAACUACAAUCCAAGUGGCAAAAUUUAGACUGGAAUAGCUCAGUGACUUUCUGAUGUCUGGUGAAAAUAACAUUCUAGUACUGUAUGAUAGUUAUUUAAUACAUUCUCAGAUUUAGGCAUAUCAGCAGUAUAAUCUACAAGCAAUCUUCAUUAUUGAUGGACUGGAGUUGCAGUGGCUCCGCUCUGUUGCAAUAUGGGAAAGGUAGAUUAACUGCAUACAAAAAUGAUCAAAUCUAUCUAACUAAGAAUAUGGAUAAAAUGCUUGCAUAUUUAAUUUUUUUUAAAUGGGAAAAAAAAACAUUAUUCUCAAAUAUAUGCAUCUCGCUGUACGACAAAUAAAUAUAAAAUGCCAAAAAUGACACAGUUCUUCCAAUAUUUCUUAUAUUUGAAAUGUCUAUACUGGUAUUCUGAUUUAUGUGAGUACCUUUUGCAUAAGUAAAGGUCUUAUGUUAAGUCGUACUAAACUGAAAUUCGAAUUUUCUAAAUUAUCAGGAUUAUUCACUAAAGUGAGUAUUUGAAGGGAAUUCUGAAUUUAAGGUCAAAGUAGCCAAACUGGGAGAAACGUUUAAGCCAGCUAUACAUUCUGUUUGACUACUCUGGCCUUAAAUCGGAAAUCCACUUUGUAUUCAAUUGGAAUUCUCACUUUAGUAAAUAACCCUUUAAGGCUAAAAUAGCCAAUGUGAGGCUUAGAGAUUUGGAUAUUUUUUUUCCAGAUUUGCUGUUUUUGCCAAAUAUUGCAGUUAAUAAUGGUCAUUAAUAUAAACCUUUUGCGGUACCACAUCAUCAUGCCUUGGAAAUUUCAAUAUUUAUUUGCCGUACUAUAAUUUAUUAACUUGUAAACAAACCAGAGAAAAGAUGCCCUUACCACGUCACCAGCCAUCAUCAGCCGUCACCAGGCUAGCUAUUAAUAAUAAACAACAAAAACAAGGUGUCAGUUUGAGCCACCUAAUUGAAGUUGGGAUACUAGCCAUGACUUACUAUAAACAUCGCUCUGUAUUCUGAUAUUAUGACAGUCCUAUUCUCUAAACAGCCUACCCAAUGCAGCUCCCUUUCUGCUUACUAAUAAUUGAAACUGGUGCUGUCAUCCAGUUUAAUAUCAAACCUUUUAAGUAUAGUUUUAAAUAAUGGGAGGGUCUUCUGGGUCCCAGCACUCUCAGCUAAUUGAUAUCAUCCAGGUUUGACAAAACUGACAUUUAUAAUUCCGCUUUAUAAAUGAUGUUGAGAUGGGGGAGGCCAGACCCCCAGCCUUAUGUCAAACCAAACAGUGUGCUAUUAAAAUAGGAAAUGGCGCUAGGGGUGUUCAAGCAACCUGACCACUGAAGUGAUGUGGAACAAUUAGCAGUAACAUUCCAUUGGUUUCCAUGGUGAUGAGUGCACAUUCAGAAGUCUACGUUUGAAUUUGCUUGCUGUUAUACAAAGCCUAAUAAAUGUUACAAGCUAGAGUGACACGCCAUGCUUAUUCCUUGGUGGGUUUGAUAAUCUUUUACAAAAGAGAAUAGUUACAAAUCAUAAUGGCAGAUAUUUGCCAGGGGAGGGUCUAACAGAUGUCUCUAAUUAUGUUUGUUUCUAAUGGAAUCAAAAUUGAUUUUCUAAACCUGUGCCUCUUAUUUUUUUUUGUCUUUAAGUGGUGGUUGUUUUGGCUUUCAUAAUCUGCUGGCUGCCUUUUCAUAUGGGAAGAAUCAUCUUUGUGAGCACAGAAGACAUUCGUACAAUGGUAUUCUCUCAGUAUUUCAACUUGGUUGCUAUGCAGCUUUUCUACCUAAGUGCAUCCAUCAACCCAAUACUAUACAAUGUCAUCUCAAAGAAGUAUCGAGCUGCGGCCUACAAGCUCCUCAUGUCUCGCUCAUCAGAAAAAAGGGCUUAUAAUGUUAUCAGUGAAUAUACCGUAGGAAGUACAGAGAUCAGCACUUGUAUCCAAAGUGAAUAUGCCACACACAGCAGACGAAGUAGACACCAGCCAUUCACGUCCCCAGAAAAUGGUCCAAGAAAUCUUCUAUAUUUUCUAAAGCCAUUUCCAAAAAGGAAUUGUGACUCUGCUUCACUGAGUUCACCGCAAAAUCAGCCCAUAUAG